AUGAUCAAGGCCAACGAGCUGGAGAACUCGACGCAGACCUAUGUCGACUUCAUGUCGCGCUUCACCGGCCGCGACAAGGAGGAGGUCCGCCGCGACGUGGGGCGCAACAGGUACUUCACCCCCGACCAGGCCGUGGAGUAUGGCAUCAUCGAUAAGGUCAUGCAGCCCAGCGACGCGGUGGUGAUUGAGCGGCGGGACUAUGAGGGUAUGCUCCGCUCCAGCCAGGCCCAGAGCCGCCCGCGCAGCAGCGGCGCCAUGGCCGGCGCCGACGCCUGA